GAUUGUGGGCGAUAGCGCUGUGUGGAAUAGCGGACGUGUGUGUUGGACUGUGGAAACAGAGCUGUUGUGUGCUUCCUUGGGUGAGAGCGUGGUGUGCUAUUUAAAGACAGUCGGGGGGACCGGAACAGGAGUUGCAUUGCAUUCGGGCAUCGCAUUCGUGCGGCUGUGGUUAUGCACAUUUUUAGCUUUAAAGUAAGCAAACUAUUACACAGCCUUGAUCAAGGCUAUGUACAGCUUGAGUGAUGGACGAAAUCAACGCCCUCUCUUGGGAACCAUUUAUCCAGCAGUUUGGUAACGUUGUUGAGCAUGGACGGAUUGUAGCAGGUGCUAUAUGGGGGCUGCGACCAUUUGCUGAUACUAAAGCACUACAUGAAGCCGUUUGUGAGUUCAUGGACUCUCUACCCCCAAAUGGCAAAGAAUCGAUUCUGCGAUGUUACCCUGACCCCGCUGGACGUCUAGCCCAAGCUAAUCAACUCUCAUCUGAGUCUGCUCAAGAACAGAGCAGUGCAGGCUUACUAAACCUCAGCCAAGAAGAAUCCAAUCUCAUUGCAGACAUGAACACACGGUAUAAAGAAAAGUUCAACUUCCCUUUUGUCAUUUGUGCGAGGGAAAACAAAAAAGUUGUUAUUAUUGCUGAACUGAAAUCCAGAAUUCACAACUCCAAGGAUGCAGAGCUUGAAAAAGGUAUCAAUGAAGUAAAAAAGAUUGCCUGGUAUAGGAUUGUAGAUGCCACUGCAAUGGAAUCAAAAUCAGCCAUUUCAAAAAUGUAACUGUAAAUCUUGACUUAGAGCUACAUAUUUUAUAAGAAGUUGUGUUGUAUGGGAUAUUGCUUGAUUUGUGUCUUCAUUCAUUCAGGCUUUAAAAACGUCAAAAACACAUAGCAGCAACAAAAUACUUGAAAUGUUUAUUUAACAGAAGAGACUUACCAAAAUACAAAGAACAAAUAGGAGCCAAAAAGCUACUAAAUCACUAUCCAAAAGAACAAUUUCUCAAAGUGUACAAAAUAAAUACAAGUAACUUGCAUCUUUAAUAAGUAAACUUGCAUCUUUAAUAAGAACUUAGGUAAAAGAUGUCCUCCAAUAAAUGAAGUAGAGUUUAUGAUUUAAUCCCGGCUGAGUGCAGCCCACUGGUUAGUUAAUGUAUUCAGUCGAUCCGUUUUGCAUUUUGUUCAUUCCUUUUUUUAAUAACUUUAUUGAUUUGUUUAAAGGGUUUGGGUACUUGUUUUAGGACACAAAACACAUUCCCAAUGCCCAUAGAUAUGAUUACCAUCAAACUUACACACCCAUGGUUUGAAGAUAAGGAUGGUAGAAAGCUUUCCUUAAAGUAUUUUAUGGGAAGCUUUCUGCUAUCAUUGUCUUCAAACUGUAGACAUUGUGCAAGAAUUACCUAAAUGCACUGGACACCAUUGGUAAUCACUCAAAA